CUCCAGAGGACUUGCUCGACACUCCACCCCAGAGACGUGUCUCAGUGCAUGUCAAACGGAAUCCGUAGCUGCUGGCAUUUUCAAACAGACUGAGCUACAGUCAAGAGGUGGAUCAUUACAUAAUUUGUGAAGAUUAAAGAGAAAGGUUAUUCUCAUCAUUCCUUCAAGCUUACUUAUGCGGUGAAUCAAUGAUGUCCUGAUGAAGACAUCACAACCUCAUUCCUAACACGGAAAGUUCUUUCUUUCAAGCACGGCUUCAGUGGGCAGAGGCGACAGCACGCUCCUUUGCGGGAGACACAGCCAGAGAACCUGACCCAGCAGCGUAGAGUACGACUUCCCUGCUAGCCGGCCCCAGACAGGUAAGGUAAACCUUUUCUGUACGAAACCAAGUCAAGCUGUGUUUCCACUGGCACUUUCCUAUACAUGGAUGCGUUAAAAGCCUCGGAAGAACUUGUAUAGCAAGUGUGAAGCUAUUUUCAGAAACUGCUCACUGUUAGGUUAUCUCUCACUCUGUGUAUUUCUGCUUCGUGAUACAGGAGUAUUUUCAAAACCUGGUUCUGGGCAUUGACCUAGAUAGAAAUUGUAAGACUUUAAUCCGCAUUUUAAUCUUCCUUUGACCUAUAGAGCUAACCAGCAAAAAAUUCAGCCACUGUUUCUGGCAAACUGAUUGUAAGGAAAGAAAUAUUUGUUCAUAAUAACUGUAACAUUUUAUGCAAAUCAGCAAGUGAGACUAUUUCCAUAGGCUAAAAAUGCCACUUUUUAGCUGGGUGAGAUGGCCAAGAUACGACGCCUACAAACCCAGCCGCUCCCCUGGCUCAGAUGUGGUGACAAAGACUCUGCUUCGGGAGCUGAAAUGGCAUCUGAAGGAGCGAGAGAGAUUGAUACAAGAGAUCGAGAAUGAACAGAAAGUGAGGAAAACCGGUGUGGAUUACAACUGGCUGAGAAACUACCAGAACCCCCACACGACCAUCCCGGCUACGGAGCAAAGACAACUGGAAGCUCUUUGCUCACAAGUUCAGCCCUGCCAAACCGGAACCAUCCUGAGCAGGUUUCGAGAGGUCCUGGCGGAAAAUGACGUGCUACCUUGGGAAAUUGUCUACAUCUUCAAGCAAGUUCUGAAGGACUUCCUGAGCAGCGCCGACAGGAGCAGCCAGACAGACACCUGCCCUGCCCUCCGUGGAGCCCCAAGGGAAGGUCCCCCAGGCCCCAGCAAAGAUGAAAUCCCCACCAUUUCCAGCUAUGUGGACCAGAAUGCCAAAGGCAGGUUCCCUGUGUUCUCACACAGAAUAUGGAACCUCCCACACUACUACCCAUCCAGCUAAGUUUCUUAGCACCAGAGAAGUUUUUAUGACCGUCUUAGCAGUUAAAUUAUGAAUCUUAAUAGUAAGAAAAAGUGUGUAACCUCACGUUUCUCUUUGUUGCAAGGUCAGAAGUUUAAACUCCUGUAGAUUUACUUAAUCCAUGUUUUAAACAGCGUUCCUUUUCAAACCACUACAAAAAUUGAACAUAUGCUUUUAACUAAAUGUCUCCUAAAUAUUUUGA